CUGCACGAUGCUCACACGCAAUCACGGACGCUGGGUCACCGUGCUGGCCAGGAACUGUCAUGAGCUUGAAAAAAUGGACUUAGAAGAAUGUAUUUUGGUGACAGAUAACACCCUGGUUCAGCUUUCUAUUCACUGCCCUCGCCUCCAAGCUCUGUCCCUGUCCCACUGCGAGCUGAUCACAGAUGAUGGUAUUAGAGCUCUGAGCAGCAGUACUUGUGGCCAAGAGCGCCUCACUGUGGUGGAGCUGGACAACUGCCCCCUCAUCACUGAUGUGACUCUGGAGCACCUGAAGAGCUGCCAUCGUCUGGAGCGCAUCGAGCUCUACGACUGUCAGCAGGUCACCAGGGCUGGCAUCAAACGCAUCCGGGCCCACCUUCCAGAGAUCAAGGUCCACGCCUACUUUGCCCCAGUGACACCCCCUCCCUCUGUACACGGAGGUGGCCAGCGUCUGUGUCGCUGCUGCAUCAUCCUCUGACAGUGGAGGGCCAGAGGGGGCCACCUCUGUCUGCAGGUCCUGCUGCUCUGAUACGAGCGGGAAUGGGAUGGGGGAAGGGAGAUGACUGGGGUAGGUGUAGGGGAGAGGAGGGGCUGGACCCACUCACUACUCCUGAUCACUGAUCAAUACAUAGACUGAUCGCCCCUGAUCAGUUGAAUCCGCCCCUCCUCUCUCCUCGUGCUCACCGAUAAGGAUUGCAGCAGCCCGGGGUUUGGGCAUGGGGGUUUGUGGAGAGAACAUGGAUGGAUGGACUCCCUCUUUCUCUCUUUUUAUCUCUCUUUCUCUCUCUCACUGUAAAGACAAAAACAAGUUCUCCACUCCAUCCUACUCCUCAGACCCCUGAAAAAAGGACUGCAUCUGGAGAUGGUGUUGGACGGGGUCUGAAAAGUGGAACUACAUGCAUCAUGUUCAAACUGAAAAUGAAAAAAAGACGAAAAUGUCAUCUUGGAAUACAGUUGGCUCUCUGCGGAGUAUCAUCUCAACAAUCACAUGACGCCUCUAUGUGACCAUCCUGUGAUUCAUUAUGCUUUGAACAACAACACGCAGCAUGGAGGGGGAGCAGCACUGGGGUGGGGGAAAGGCAGGUUUUCUGGAUAUAAGAAGAUCAGCACAUUCAACUAAACUCUGUAGUGUGGAAGAGUUGAGAGAAAGCAGGAAGUACAUAAUGGGAUGGGACAUGUGACAUUUGUGCAUCUGAGAAACUUUUUGUUGAGAUUUAGAUUCUGUUUGUACAGAGAAUGUUUUGCAAUGGAAAAAAAAUGUACACACUUAUGGCAAUUCACUAAAGAUUGGGGGGGGAAAUUAGUUCCUUUUUUAAAAUGCUUAUUGUAAUUGUCCAUGCCUGUUUAUCCAGAGAGGAAGAUUAUGUUCGUCAUUCUUUUUUAAAUGGAAAAGAAGUAACUGUUGAUGUUUAACAAAAAAAGGACCUAUGAUUCAGACCCUCAGCGUCUAAAAGCGUUAUGUUGACUGUGUAUGCGUCUGCGAUGUGUGGCCUCUCCUGUGUUCUGCCUGGUUCUGUUGGCUCGUAGGCCCUGAUCCGAUCCUGUCAUUAGCCCUGUGCACUAGCUCCUACUUGACCACUUAAGCAUUUGUUUACAACCUGGAUUAGGUUAGCACCACAGACAAACAUGUUUACAUUGGUGGAUGUCCAAUCUCCCUACUAUUCAGAGUGCGUUUAGUACACUUAUAUAAUUGGGGUUAACCCACAGUUGUUGACUGGACUGUGACGUCCAUUAAUCAAAUGUAUUGCUGUGUACACUAGGACAUAAAUCAGGGCUCACCUCGGUGCAAUUUUGCUUUAAAAUAAAAUGGAAAUUUGCCUAAAACUGAGAUUAUAGUUUAGAGAAUGUGAGCAAAGGCGCUUCAACUUUUUGACAAUCACAGGAAUUUGUGUAUUUGAAAGUUAUUUUAGUCUAAGUGUUGUUUAAUUGGCAAUUUACUGAUGAUAGGUAGGAUAUAAUAAUGUGUUGCUUAAUAAAGAACCACGUGAGAAAUGGUUCAUAAAUAGCACUUGGCAAAUCUAAUGCAUUAAAUUGAUCAGCAAUCAACUGGUCGAAUCCUACAAAACACUUGACAAGAGGGAUGUGAUAUGCAGCUCCAGAACCAACAGGUAACAGGUUAAGAGACUCUAAACAAGCACUCGUUCAGAACCUCAACAUGAUCUGUUUUGCCAUGCAGAUUAACGUGUCUAUGGGAAAUGUCAUGCCACAUACAAGAAGCAAUGAAAAUAAAACACAACAGAAGCAGCUCGCAAUGUUGAGACUGGCAAGUGCUGUGUGGGGCCAAGUGCUCAAAAACUGGGGAGAUUGGCAGGACAAUGGAUAGGAAUUAAGAAGGAGAGCAGACAGAAAGAUUGAAAAAAGACUCAGAUGGAUACAAAGCUGACUUCACUGGCUGUGAUACUAAUGCCCUCUCUCUGACAGCUGUAUAACAGUUUUAUGUUUAAGAAAAUAAAGAAAUACAUUAAAAAAAAUAAACAACUGAAAAAAUUAAAGUGACUAAGUAAAUGUGCUUUGUCUCU